AUGUCUUCGAACGAUACGGUCGACGGCAUUCCGGUGGCUCUUCUCCCACUUCUGGAGGCGGGAUGGAGCACGUUCUAUAUGUUCCGCGCGACUGUAUACCUAUCUAUCGCUAGCGUCACCUUUCUAAUCUACGACCAUGUCUUAACUCUGGGGGACGAGGUCGAGUACAUCUGGAAAGCUCCGAGGAAUAUCACCAAAUACUUGUUCUUGUUUAAUCGGUACAUGGUUCCCAUAGUCAUAUGCAUCUGCAUGCGUGCUUUCAUCGGGGUAGAGAGUGCACCGCUCUCCAACGAAGUGUGUCCUUCCAAACAACUUGACUUAGCACAGUCACUAACCUGCCUGACAGUUGUUCGUGUCGUCGUUCCUGGAUGCAUGACCCUGUCACUCAUUCCACACAGCUGCAAAGUCUGGUCUGCCGUGUCCAUAGCUAUCAGUCCGAUCUCUAUAGCCAACGGCUCUUUCAUCAUUCUGUUACGACUGUGGAACGUCUGGGAUCGGCGUAUGAAGCUGCUCUUGCCGACAUUCGCUCUCUUCGUCAUCACGCAAUGCAUCACUGUGGCUAUGGCCGUUCGGCUGGCCAUCAAAGACUACAACGCCUCGUUAUACUUCGUGUACACGCACACCUGCGUCUUCCCGAUGAAGAUCAAUUAUGUCAGCCUGUGGGCACCGGCCGUCGGGUUUGAGGUCGUCCUCUUUGCGGUCACUUGGUGGAAUGCGCUGUCGCGUCCUCGCACGAAUGACGUCGCACUGGCGAGACAAUUGUAUUGGGACGGCUCAAUCGUCUUCUUUGUCGUGUUCACACUGAGAGUGAUGAACAUGGUCAUCUCGAUCGUUGCUCCUUUGAGUUUGACUAUGCUCGGUCUCUACUUCGUCUGGGCCGCGAACACCGUCACGAUCAGCCAUCUAGUCCUUAACCUCCGCAAAGUCGCCGUCGAGCAGAUAGAGGCGUCCGUGGUCGGUGUGCCCAAUGGCACGCCUGCAGACUCCAUCGGCUACGUCUCGCCUACUAUGACGUCCUCUCGUUCAUUGCGCUCACAGGAGAUGCCGAGCUUGCAGUCCGGAUGGGGAACGGAUGUGGAGACGGGGGAGAACUACGAGUUGAGGUCGCAGAUUUCGAACAAGUCGUCAACUUGA